UCAAACUUUGGGCUUUGGGUUGGAGACUGACUCUGGGCCUAUUGUAGAGCCGGUCCAAGACGUCUCAUAAAACAGGAUUCAAAAUUUUUGCUUCCCGGCAAUUUGAUUUCCAAAUUCAUCUUUAUCGUCUUCGUCUAUGGCGGGAGAAGAAAUUUCUCUGGACUAUCAUCUUCUUCCUCUUCUAUCCUCUUUCCCUCAGUUUCUUUUGUGAACCAGAACAAGGCUUGGUCUGUGGACUGUCAUUCACACAGACUUUCUUUUUCCACCGACACUUUGUUCUGAUUUCCUGAAAUUCCUUCUCGUUUUUCUUCUGUAGCUUUUGGGACUGAGAGACUGGCUUUGCGAAAUCAAGAGUGUGUUCUAGUGGAGGAUGGAUUCUGUGAUUGCGACCGUUAGUGGGUACCAUGGAACCCAGCGUUUAAACCUCGUUAGGCUCAUACUUCAUGCCGGUGCCCAUCGCGUGGGUCGAGUGUCAGAAUCAAUAACUCAUCUGGUUUGCUGGAAAUUUGAGGGAAAGAGAUUUGAUCUUGCUAGGAGUUUCAAUGCGAUAAUAGUUAACCAUCGAUGGGUCGAGGAUUGCAUAAAGCAAGGAAAACGUCUCCCGGAGGAGCCUUAUACUCUUCAAAGUGGGCAAGAAGUUGGGCCCUUAACGAUGGAAGUUCCACGUGUUGCUGAAGUUGGUGUCUUCAAGAAAAAUAAAAAACGCAAAUUGCUUUCUCACGAAUCAAAUACUUGUGAUGGCUUUCUAAAACAAAGUGGCGAUACAGCCCUUGGAAUUUCUGGGAAUCCUGUUCGGAAUACUUCUUCUUUAAUGAAUGAGAAGAAGUCAAAGCAUAAACCUGUUAGAAGCCAUUUUGGGAAAAAUUUGCCUUCAAGUAGCAGAUGCUCUAUUCAAGAAUCUCCUUCAUCUGGAUUACUUAGAAACCAGCAUGCGCAGUCAAGUUCUGAUUCUUCAAUGGAUUUGGUGAGAGGUAAAAGAAAGAGCUCCAAGGGUAAUGGAAGAAAUAAACCUCUUUCUCGUUCUCAAAAAAACUAUGUAGAGUCAAGUUCUCAUUCGUCUAUAGAAUUGGUGAGAGGUAAAAGAAAGUGUUCCAUUGGUAACGAAAGAGAUAAGGCUGAAACCUCACGUAAAGGAAGGAGGCUCUUUAAAAAGAUGAAAAACAAAGAUACUGUGGACCUUUGCUCUUCAGACUCUAGUGAAGACUGCAGUCCUGUCAGAGUCAACAACUCAAAUUACGAAGAUGUCUCAACUCUGUUUCAUCAUGUAAAUGGAGAAACACAUGACAAUGUGUUAGAAGACGGAAGAAUAUCUGGUGAGGGAUUUUCUAACCAUAGGAAAACUAGAGUUGAUGAUUCUAAAGCUGUAGUUGAUGGUCCUAUUUGUAUAAAUGCUUCAAUGGAUUCAAAUGUACAUGCUGAGAAUGCAUUAAGUACUGCACAAAGGACUUCAGAAGAUGGAUGUUUGGGUGUAGAUAAGUCAGAUGAGGACACAGCAAAAGGGGUGGAGAUUACUCAGAAUUCUGAAAUUGAUUCUUCGAUGGAGUUAUCGUGUGUUAUAUGUUGGGCAGAUUACAGCUCAACUCGAGGAGUUUUGCAUUGUGGUCACCGAUUCUGUUAUUCAUGCAUCAAAGAAUGGGCUGAUCAUAUGGCUUUAAGAAGAAAGAUAUCUACAUGCCCUUUGUGCAAGAAAAGUUUUAAUAACAUUAUCCAGUAUGAGGACACAGCUACCAUUGAUCAGAAGGUUUACUCACAAACCGUUCCACAUGGCUUAUCAACUAUGGACUUGUUUAAACUUCAUGAACAGGACACUCACAUUGCUAGUGCUCAGGUUGAACAGUAUGAACAACCAGCAGCUGUUUGUAUCGUAUGCUGUCGUGUGGAGCCAGUGGAUCUUCUUGUCAUGUGCAAUGUGUGUCAAAAUCGACGCAUUCAUUCCUACUGCCUGGACCCUCCUAUUAAUCCAUGGACGUGCUUAGACUGCAAAGAUCUACAAAGACACUACCUUUACAACCGUCGAUAAAAAGCAUCAAGUUGUUUCAAGUUUAUGAGAUAGUUUUAACUGCGGAAGUGUACUAGUGUAGGAACAAAUACAUAUUUUAGUUGGAUGAAUAUUUUUCUUAGGUUCAACUUUGCUUCACGCAAACUUGUUAUUGGCAAAAUCAAAAGAAAGAUGAGUACCAAUAUUUCUCACUUAAUGCUUAUCAUUUUAUUGUAUCACAUUAGCUUUAAGUCAAAGCAUGAAAUUAAUCAUGAAAGUGGCUUUUAUAUAA